AUGCCGCGUAUGCGUGAUUGGGUGCCUCUGUUGUGGUUGUGUGGGACUUCUGCUUGUCCUGCAUCGCAAACAGUUUUCCUUUGCGUUGUACGUGCCGUUGCGGACUCUGAUGCGGUAUACUCCGUGCCCCUGAAAAGGGAUGACCAUGAAUGGUCCGAAGCGCUGCUUAUGGAAACGGCAUCGUGCGGCGUGCUGCAUGGUUGUUGGGAUGCGUGGUCAGAUGGUCACCAUGUCCCCUGCUUCAAAUUUGGGCCAUUUGUGCUUGUUGGCCUGGUCUGCAAAUGUCUUCCGAGCUGCAUCCUUGUGCCGGCGGACCUGUUGCUCGUGGUGGACUGUGCGCGUGGCUUGGAUGCUGAAAAGAUUGUCUGCGUCGAGCUGGAUGGCUGUGUCAAAGAAGAUCUCCGCCGGACAUGCCCCGGUGGAUUUGUGAGGGGUUUGGUUCUUGGCUUGUAUUUGCCCCAAUGUCCGUAUUGCUUGUUCGCAGGUGCCGUUGCCCUCGGGAUGGUAUCCGUGGGCCAGAUGCUGUCUGCAGUUGUGCUCCUUCAAGAAACAACGGAAGGCCCGGGAUUGAAAAAUGGCGGCGCAGUCAGAAUGGAUCACCUGGAAUGUUCCGACUUGGUGGAAAAUUUUGGCCAGGAUGGGUAUGGCAGCUAUGUUACAACACUGAUAGGCGGUGCUGCUCGUGCCGCGUUGCAGAACAUGCUAGUUAAACGUGUGGUGUGGCGACUGAUCAAGACCUAUGACAAAUUGCUGGACAGAAAUCCGCGGCUGCUUCUUGGUGCUCAGAGUGGCGUCUUAAUGGCAGCUGGUGAUUUCUUGUCUCAGACUUGUGUCGAAGGCAUCGAACUCCGCAACGUAGAACCUUACCGCGUUAUACGGUUCGGUUUGAUCGGUGCCUUCAUUGCCGGACCCGGGUUGAGAGCGUGGUUUCAGACGUUGGAUCGGUUCAUAGGAAAAGAAAAAACGUUGAAGAAAGCCAUCAUCAAAACAUUUGUUGAUCAAGGAUUACUUGCUCCUCCAGUUCUGGCUAUUCUUGUUGGUUCUGUGCAUUUUGCGAAAACUCACGACUUCGAACAUACGCUAGAAUUCUGUCAGCACCACGGAUGGGAGAUCCUGAAAGCGAAUUGGACCGUAUGGCCUAGUGUGCAGUUGCUGAAUUUCUAUUUCAUUUCCUUGCAGUACCGUUUGUUGGUAGUCCAGUGCGUCGCUCUAUUUUGGAAUGUGUAUCUUGCGAAUAAAGCUAACAAGGAAGAUGAUUAUAUCCCCUCUCGUCCUAGCUCACCUCCGUUUAAACUUCCGUGGCCGAGUUCUGAGAUUUCCGGCGAGUUGUCCCAAAACAGCUCUGAUAACAAAAUGACUGCGAUUUACCGAGUUUAUGCUAAUCUGCUCCGCGUUCACCCUUACAAGACGCAGAUGGUACAAACUGGGUUUCUUAUGGGUGUCGGUGAUGUCCUCGCCCAAACGCUCGUUGAAGAAAAGCGUUUGACGGAAGUUGACAAAGGAAGGGCCCUGAGGUUCGCAGCCAUCGGAACGAUUUAUGUUGGGCCAAUGCUGAGGGGAUGGUAUGGAGUUCUGGAAGCGCGUUUUGGGGCAAAUGGAGCUGCGCAGACGGUUCUGAAGAAGGUAGCGGCGGACCAGUUGAUCUUCGCUCCAGCUUUUCUCUCCACCAUUUUGUUGGCCAUAGAAGGAUUCAGAAAUGGAAUCCAUUACGAUAAAAUGAAGAAGUUCAUGAAAAACACAUACUGGGAUGUCCUCAUGACGAAUUACUAUAUUUGGCCAGCUGCCCAGGUGGUCACCUUUUCGUUGGUUCCGCUGGAAUAUCGCACUUUGUUCGUGCAGUGUGUUGCUUUGGUCUUCAAUACUUACUUGGCUUAUCGGACAAACGUGCCUGAGGUCCCCGUUCCCAAGAUCGCUUGAAAUCGAACGCCUUUUAAGGAGCUCAUCGCAUUCGAGUAUAUCUGACGCGUGUUCUCAAAACUUUUGCUGAGGUUUCGGCUUGAAUAUUUUUUGCUCAAUUGAUGCGAAUCUGUUGGAAGGGCAUAUUCGUGGGUUUAUUAAAAUUCGUGAUGCGGGCGCUUGCUAUGGUCUUGCACUGUGAUUACGGAACUCCUAUAUCUCAGUGCCUUUUCAUGUUGUUGCUUUCGAUGUUGAUGCUCGGAAAUCUAUGGCGUGAAGGAGUAUGCUGAUCUCAAGCUUUGUGGUUAACGAGGCUGUUCCAUUUGGUGGUUGCGGAAGUACAGUAUCAAAAUGAAAAAUA